AUGUCUUUUGUUCAGUUCUCGGAGGACUUUGCGGCUCUCAGAGACCAGGUCGUGGUGCUCACUGGUGGAGCAAGAGGAAUCGGUGCUUCUGUAGUGGAAGUGGCAGCUGCAAGUGGAGCCCAUGUUGUAUUCGGCGACCGCAACGAACAGCUAGGACAAGAGGUGGCCGAGAAGACAGGCGCAACUUUUGUGAAAGCAGAUGUCACACAAUAUGCGGACGUCCUCAAGAUUUUCCAGGUCGCGUUCGAGAAGUAUGGGAAGAUUGAUCAUGCGGUUGCAAAUGCAGCCGUUUACGAACCUGAUCUCGACAUCUUCGAUCCCAACUUGAGCAUUGCGCAGAUUGAGCAGGCUCCUCCGACUCUUGCAUUCGACAUAAACAUCACAGGAACGCUGUACUUUAGCCGGAUCGCUGCCGUGUACCUUCGCCAGAACAACACUGCCGAAUCGAAGAGAUCGUUGACGUUGGUUUCGUCUGUUGCCGCCUUCAUGACGCCGCCAGACACGCCUGUCUAUAAUGUCACCAAAGCUGGAAUUGUUAGUUUAGCAAGAUCACUAGCACAGCGAUGUCCUUCAUCACACAACAUCAGAGUCAACUGUGUGUGUCCAUCUGUUACUCGAACACCGCUCGCAGCGACAAGCGCCAUUCAGCCAUUGUGGGAAGGGGCAGGUCUCCCUACCAACGAACCCGUCCAGGUUGCCAAUGUGAUCUUGGGUGUAGGCUGCGAUGCUUCUUCUAAUCGGAAAGUGCUGUGGGUGGAGGGAGGCCAGUCCUGGGAUAUCGAGGUCAAGCUACUCGAGUUACUGCCCCAAUGGAUUGGCGACGGGCCUGCCAAAACACUAGAGAGAGUCCAGGAACUGGUAAAGAAUCUCAUGUGA